AUGCUUCGCUCGCGGUGCUGCAGGUCCUUGGCCGCCGUCUUGCGGCGGCAAACUGACGCUGUUUACUUCUCAUCGAGUGCUGCCUCCUCAUCCCAUCAGCCCAAUGCACCUCUCGAUCUGGACCCAUCGUUCCACGCCGUUCUGAAGGAUGUGGACAUGUCUCUUCUUCGUCAAAAUUCUAGACAUCCUACCGCCAGUCAUCCGACUGCUCGCGUUCAUCGCGAAUUGGAGGUUUACCCUGAGGAUGAUGCGGCCGAGGAAGACGGUUACGAAGCUGAGUUGCCAGAGCCUCAUUGGGAUGUAUUCGACUCCGGGGAAGGUCGGAAGUCUCCUGCUGCUGCGUUCGGCAGUCAGCAAGUUGGGGCAGUCGUCCUUCCGUUCGAAUUGCAGAAGAGUAUCGAUCGCCUUAUUGCAGAGUCCGACAAGCAUAUGCUACGCAACGAUGCUACAAGACUCUUCUCAGAGGCAGCCGAGGGAACAGAAGACCCCGAUUGGAACACGUCUUACAGUGCCCAAUACAAGUCCCGGAAGAAGGAACGGUUGCAUGCACAAAGAGACGGUACCGCGUUUGCCUCGAUUGCGCUGCCGUCGCAUUACUCUGUAGUCUAUGCCGUGCUCGACCAUGUGAAGCAACGUCUUGGACCCGAAUGGGCAGUCGAACGCGUCAUUGAUUGGGGUUCCGGUACAGGUACAGGUCUAUGGGCCUCAUCGCACCUAUUCCAAAAGGGUGACACAAAUCCACCGGACAGGACCAAUGCUGAAUUGGCACAGUCGACCAUGACAAAUUACUUAGGAAUCGACGAUCGGGAGGGUCUGGUCAGCAUUGGCAAGCGACUUAUCCGAGACAUCGAGCUAGGUGGAUUGAAUAUCUCGUGGCAGAAGUCCUUCCGAGACGACAACGUUAUCGAACGUUCUGAAGGAAAGAACGCACUAGCGUUAUCCGCUUUCCUGCUGUCUUCGACACCCACCUCACAUGCGAGGAGGGCCCUCGUCAAGAAAAUGUGGGAGAGUGGCGCGGACGUGAUGGUUCUGAUCGACCACAAUACAACCACUGGGUUUGAGUGCAUUGCGGAAGCCAGGGAAUAUCUACUGAAGAUGGGAAGGAAAGAAUUGGAAGACCCCGCUUUCGACGGAGCAAGCAUUCGUGGUUCUCACGUCAUCGCGCCGUGCCCCCACGACGGCGCAUGCCCAUUAUACACGUCGGGUGCAACAAAACUGGUGUGCGCUUUCUCGCAGAGACUUCAGCGGCCGGAAUUCGUGCGCAAAACGAAGCACUCGGGAGUUGGACACGAAGACAGCGGCUACACAUACGUCGUGGUACGUAGGGGCAGUAGGCCCUUGCCAUCAGGCACGAAAGUUGGACGACUGGGCUAUGUCGGGAAGCGUGAAGCCGCAAAGGCGGCGCUGAAGCAGGAGCCGGUCAAGGAACUCGUCGUGGAACACGAUUACAGCGAUGUGAGAGCAGGAUCUGGCAACCCCCUCCCUUCCCAACCGGAAAUGGCUGCGACGUCGAGCGCUAUAGAGCUCGCGGAGAAAGAUAUGCAGACCGCCCUGCGAUUGGAAGCUUACAGCUGGCCUCGCCUCGUUUUCCCGCCUCUGAAGAAAAGCGGUCACAUUAUCCUUGACGGUUGCACGGCUGAAGGCAAGAUCAUGCGCAUGACGAUCCCCAAGUCGCAAGGUAAACAGCCAUUCUACGACGCGAGGAAAUCCAACUGGGGCGACAUCUUCCCCCAUGAGCCCAAGAACCGUCCUCAAGAGCGGUUCCAGCCGGCCAAUAAGGACACUCCUAUCAAAGGCGGGGACAUCGGAAAGCGCAGGAGAGGCUCACCGCAAGCAGCAAGCUAUGGUAAGAUAUCUGGCGAUCUUAAGGAGCGUACCAGGCAAGAGAAGGAGAGGAGA